AUGAAGGUUUCUACUUCCCUGGCGGCCGCUGCAUUCGCAGUAGCUGCGGUGUCUGGAGCUGCCGGUACACCCGAAACGAACCCGAAGCUUUCGGGUGAAAAGUUGGCAGAAUUGAUGCAAUUGAGUUUAAGUGAAAUAAAAAAUAGAAUGGAGACCAUUUUUUCUCUAGUAGACACAAACGCAGACGGCCAGAUUACUGCAGAAGAAGCACAGGCCUGGAGUGCGCGACUGAAGGAAGCAAUGCAUAAACACCAAGUCAAACAAGAAUUCAUCUCAAUAGAUAAAAAUAAUGAUGGUAAAAUCACCCUAGAAGAGCUAGAGGUAACAUACACAGACGGCAGCGACCCUGCCAGCCAGGAGGCGCACAAGGAGGACGUGAGGAAGAGAUUCGCCGCCGUAGACAAAGACAAUAGUGGAAGCCUGAGCCUCGAAGAGGUUACAAUUCUUAUGGACCCGGGGAAGGAUGAAAUGCUCAUGCAGAUUGAAGUGGAUGAGAUUAUGGCGGCGCAAGACAAGGACAAGGACGGCAGCAUCUCUUUGGAGGAGUUCCUGCAGAACGAAGGCGGGACUCUAACGGAUACUGAGCGUGAGGAGUUGACUCGGGAGUUUUCUUCUUACGACAAGAAUGGAGACAAGAAAAUAGAUGAGGCGGAGCUGCGAGCAGUUAUUCAAGACCCGCAUGCACAUGAUAUGCAGCAGAUGAUGGAGUCUCUGAUGGGGGAGAUGGAGGACGGUAAGAUAAGCAAAGAGCAAUGGACAGAAAAGUUUGAAACCUUCUCCGUCUCUAUGCUCACCGACAACGGAGAGCUACUGCGCUUCCCUGAAGAAUAUGAAGGCAUUCAGCUACCCUUCAAAGGCAUCAGCCUGGGGCCAGGAGAAGAAGAAGAACUGCAGCAUGAUGAGUUAUGA